AUGGGUUUAAAUUUCUCAAUCCCAAAUAAUGAUUUUUCAUAUAGAGAUAUAAUAGAAUGUAUUAAAGAUUCAACUAAUAUACAUGCCUCAUUAAAAUUAAUAUUUAAUAAAUCAAGUUUUUUAAAUAUUGAGGAUUAUUUUGAUGAUACAAGUUUGGAAUGCUCAUACCGAUCAGGAAAGGAUGAUUUUAAAUUAUUUUUUACAUGCAUAGAUUGUAAUACCACAAAGUUAUGUCCAUUUUGUUUUAUUAUUGGUGAUCACAAAACCCACAACUACAAAAAAGAAUUACUAAAUUUAUCAAUAUGCUCAUGUACAUCAACAUCAAAAAAUAAAUGCUUCAAACAUAAAACUUUAAGACCUAUUGAUUAUGGCAGAUUGUUUCAAGAUGAAUCUUUAAGUAAAAAUAAAAAAAAUAAAAAAAAUAAAAAUAAAACAACUACAACCACAACAACCACUACAAAUAUUAAUAAUAUAUCACAGUUAAAUAGAUCCAAUGAUACAGAAAUAUUUUUACCAAAUUAUAUUGAUUAUAAAAAUAUAUUAGUUUACAGUGAUAAUAAUAAAAACAACCUAACAGAAUUAUUAAAAGUCAAAAAUGAAAUUCAUAUAUUUAUAAGAUAUAUAUUAAUAUUUUUAAUUGAAAAGCCUUUAAGACCAAACCAAAAAAACAAUAAUUUAUUAUUUUCUGGAUAUGUCGAAGUUUUAAGAUUUUUAAACUAUUGUGCCCGUAGAUCAAAAUUUAUUGCAAAUGUUAUAGCUAUGGAACUACUCUCAACCAACAUCGAUCUAGACUCACUUUUGGAAGUCAAUGCGAGUGAAUAUGAAAAGAUCUCACUCAAGGAUAUUACGUUUGAAAAAGAUAUUAGAUUUUCAAUUAGAUUCAAACCAAUCGAAAAAGAUGUAAAAGAUGAAAUCCCAAAUGAUCUUACAGCAGACUUUGGUGAAAUCUUUGUAAAAGGAACCAAAGAAGAAAUGGAACAACCACAAAAAGACCCCGAAAUGCCAAAUUUAGUUAGCAAUGAUGAGGAUGCUCCAAAUCAAUCAAAUUCAAACAGCUUACCAACUAAGAGAAAAUCAUAUAUGUACAGAUUCAAUAUAUAUUUUUCAAAAGACUUAAAAGAGGCACAUAUCGAUCUUUUCAACACUCUUAUCGAUAGAAGCAAGACAUUCAAAAUUUUCUUUUAUAGACACUUUUUCGACAUUAACAACGAUCAUAUUUCUCAUAAUAGUAGAUAUGACAUAUACAUGCUAGAUAAAUUUUAUAACGAUGAAGAUUUAAUCUCAGUUUGGGUCAAUAAAAGCAACCUUAUCAAGGAUAUUUUAUUUAACAACGCAAAAUUCAACCAAGGUUAUCGUAGUUUUGAUCCCUUAAGAUUCCUACCGGAUAUUAUUCGUACAAAUAAAAAUGCCGCAAUUCAUUUAGUUUGUAGAGAUUUCCAAAAGUUUACCACUCUUUGUAUGCAAUUCGAAAGCAAUCCAAUUAAAAAAGAAGAUAGUACAGGCGAAGAAAGAAUUGGAAGUAUUUGUUUUACUCAAAACAUUAUAUUUACUUUUCUCUAUCUUUACAAACAACAAACACCUUUAGAUCUCUUAAAAUAUUUUAAUGCUUAUCUCAGCUCAUUGGACGAAUGGAAACCUCAAUUAAAACCAAGUAAUGAACACAUUCAUUUCAACUAUUAUACCUGUUUGCCAUUACUCCUAUCAGCAGCUGUCAUCGAAAAUGAAAGUAACUAUAUGAAUCUUCAAUUGGGCUCAUGGGAAAAAGCUGUCAAAUAUACAUAUUUAUUGACUCGUUAUUAUGCUAUGUCUCAAAUCUCUUACUUUAAUAUAUGUAAACACCGAACAACCUCAUCUCUAGCUCGGUAUCCAAUACAAGGUAUUGAAGUUAGUGCCACUAUUAAUGCUCUUCAAAUUUUAUCAUUGAUAGACUUUAAAAAAGUUCUCGAUUGUUUGUUUAAAAACCCAGUUAAAUUAUUAUUAACCGACUCGGUCGCUUACAAUGCAUAUAAUUCAACACCAACUUAUUUAAUCUAUCGUUUCCUCUUCAUUAUUCUUAAAAGCAAGAAUUUCUAUUUCAAUGGUGAUUGCCACAGUAGUGGUAUUCAAAACUAUGAAUACAAGAAAAUUCUUAAAUAUCAUAUAGUUAACCUUUUACAUCGUGGUAUCGAUGUACCAUUAGACUUGGGUCGUUCCAACACUCUCCUUAGAAAUUGUUCAGAAAAAGAUGUCUAUGAUAUAAUUGAAGAGGUCUCGAUUUCUAUUGAAUCCAAAGGCCUUGAAACAACUAAAAACCUUGCCAUAGAAUUUGACUAUAUAGACUCAACUCGUGUUCAUAGAACCAUGCCAUCAUUAAAAAUUCAAAAUAGCUCACUUACCAAUAAUCAUCUCUUUUUACCAAGUCACUUUACACGUAAAAUCAAAGAUAGCUAUAGGAAGUGUGUUGACGAUUAUUAUGACUAUACCAAUGUUUACCACAUCUUUUAUUAUGGUUUUCCCGGUCCAGAAUAUCCAUUAGAAUCUUUAAGAGAUAAUACAUUUGAUAGUGAAAUGGGCCCAACCAAAGGAACCCCAUUUAGUGUCCACAGCUCACGUUACCUCAGCCAUACUCUUAAAGAGCCAUUACUUUAUAGAUUAUUAUUCCGUGAAUUGAUCCAUUCAAUUUAUAGUAAUGCUCACCACAUAGAAGAAUAUCCAAUACCAAUCAUCAUACAUGAAGAAACCACUCAAUCUAAAAAGAUAUCUAUAUCUAUUGAUAUCCUCAAAAUAAUAUCCUAUAUCAUGGACUAUUCUAUAUUAAAUAUGACAAGUGCUGAACUAACCCUAACCAAAAAAGAAUUUAAAAGACACAGCGAUUCAAAAGAAAAAACAUUUUUACCUUCAACCACAAACUCAUUAACUAUUUUAUUAGACACUCAUUUAAACAAUCAUAAAUCAAAUCUAUCAAUCAUGCAAGUGGUUUUCAAAAUAAUAGCGCUCAACGACGAAAGAAUUCAAUUUGCCCAAAGAAUCAAUCAAACCUAUAAAAAUCUAAUUUCAAAUAAUAAUAACACCAACACAAAAAAAAACUAA